CACCUCUUUUAUUUGCAUGCUCUGUAUUCAUUUUUCUCUCUUGUAACGUUCCAUCAUUUAUACUUGCAACAACAGUUAUCGCUACAUAGAACAAGAAAAUCGAGAGAAGAAACGUACUUUUUUCAAAGAGAUUUUGAUGGCGGUUGAAGCUCAAGGGCGUCAAAUGAGUCUGUUUCCACCGCAGCUUAUCUCCAACAAGUUAGUUAUGAAUGGAAUGGAUGGGAAUGCAAACGUGUACGGCACUCCGGUUGGUUACGGAGGAGUGCCGUUGCUGUCCGGCACCACGACGGACAGUUUCGUUCCGGUGUACGGUUCAGGCGUGACUAAUUCGUUUCCGGUGAAAUCUCAUUGUGCAAUGAAGGCAGACAGCAGCCUUACCUGUAAUUUUCCGGUGUCUAGAAAGCGAACGAGAGAUGAAAUCAAUCCAUUGCUUUGUUUUCAAAACAAUCAGAGCCUGAAUCAGUUGAAUCGUUCCGGCUCGUACACUUUUCUCGGCGAAGAUAUCUCGCUUCAGAUCCAACACCAGCAGUUAGAGAUCGAUCACUUCAUCGCUCAACACACUGAGAAGAUGAGAUUAGAGUUAGAAGAGCGGAGGAAGAGGAAUUCGAAGAGGAUAAUAACAGCGGUAGAAGAAGGAAUCGCAAAGAGACUCAGAGCAAAAGAAGAAGAGAUUGAUAAGAUAGGGAAACUCAAUUGGAUGUUAGAAGAUAAAGUGAAAUCUCUAUGCAUAGAGAAUCAGAUAUGGAGAGACCUGGCUCAAUCAAACGAGGCCACCGCCAACGCACUCCGCAGCAAUCUCGAACAAGUCCUAUCUCAUGUUCAGAACGAUCAGUUCCACCGCGCAAACGAUAACGCUAAUCUAAUCGCCGACGAUGCCGAGUCGUGCUGCGGCAGCAAUUACGAGGACGAGAAGAGGGGAAAGGAGAUGAGAAAUGAUCAGAUGGACGAUGGUGCAACGAGUAGAGUGAGGAAGGGGAGUCAUGUUGAGAAGAGGAAUCGGUUGUGCAGGAACUGUGGAAAAGUGGAGUCAUGCGUGUUGCUGUUGCCGUGCAGGCAUCUCUGUUUGUGUACUGUGUGCGGAUCGUCUCUUCAUACUUGUCCCAUUUGUAAAUCCACCAAAAACGCUAGUGUUCAUGUCAACAUGUCUAGUUCCUGAAACUUUAUCUUUACUUUGUUACCUUCAGUGAAUCAGAAAAUGAAAAUCACUAACAUUUUUUUAUUUUU